AUGGACAGGCUUCUAUACCCGGACGACUUGGUUGCAAAGCGGACUGACGAAACCAAGCUCGGCAUCGUUGAACGGACACAUUCCGACGUCGAUUCUCACAGCCCACACCCACAGCGUGGCGAAGAAUUCCGUAUAAAGCGUGAUCGAGACAUAAGUGGGCGUACUUUUCGGAAGUUUCUUAAGGACGGAGUGCCACCAAAGGGUACAGUCCUGGUACGGUGGCAUGAUGAUCAGAGAGUUAAGCUGGUGCUCUCGCAGAAACUCAAGCUGCUAGAACGCGUGCUACUGAUUGGGGAUGUCGUCAAGAAGGACGCUAAGGAUGCGAUCAGUGGCGUUGUCCUCAAUACGUUCACUCGCUGCAGCUUCUUCCCCUCAGACAUUCCUGAUGACAGCUGGAAGCGUCCGUCUACGGGAGUGCCUCCGCCUCUACUUGAGAUACCCGCUUCAGAGCUGAGAUCUUCCGAGACAAUUGUGGAAGAAGACAUCAUCGUCUACGAGGACUGGAUUGGCUCUGUUGCCAGCAUACUUUCCCAAGUCACGCUCAGGCUCGCGGACAACUGCGUGGUAGAGAUUAGUGACGAGCUCAUAGAGCACCCAGACGAGUCUGCUCUCGGUACUUUUGUUACAGGCGACGUUGUCGAGGCGAAGAAGGGUGAUCUGCGCGCUCGUGGACGCUGGAUCUUUGGCUCAUAUAGCCCCAAUACACCACCGAUCGGUACCGUGGUUGCUACGAGGCCUACAGGCGUGGAAGUCGAUUGGCUUCAGAGAAGGAUCGGAAGUACCCAAGGCGCUGAGCCGUCGAGUGUACUUGAGCGUCAUGAGCUCGAGUCACCGUCUUUCCGGGUGUAUGAACGUGCGCGACCUGGCCCCAGACCACCCGUUGGGCUGUCGCAUACAACCACUGUAUCGCAGUCCGACAUUGACGUCCAGCUGGGGAUGCGGGUGCGGUUCAGGGACCUUAGUGGUGCAUGUGUCAAGUACGACGGCUCGAGAGCGAACGGUAAGCUAUCCCGCAUCGACCGAAGUACCACGCUAGGCUAUGACCUGAAUGUCUUCGAUGUUACAAGUUUUGAGACAGACGUCACCGUUCAGUGGCAGGACCUCAGCAUAACAAAGGAGCGAAGUAUCGAUCUGGUGCCUGACCAGUCUAUUGACGACGAACACUCCGCCUGGCCUGGUGAGGUCGCGCAUACACUCGAUCUCCAAGAUGUACCAAACUUGCCAGGUGUCAGGCAGCCAAGUAAGGUGGGCGUCGUGCAAAGCGUGAACGCCACAGAUCGCAUGGCGCGCAUUAAGUGGUGUCUAGACGCUACGCUUCAAUACGCGACGAACCUUGACGAAGAUACUGGUUCCCGGCAGUUAAUUACGGGUGUUGUGGGCGAAGCGAACGGUGAUGAAGAGGAGCUAAGCCUGUACGACGUCGAAGCGCCUGCAGCAAUGAACGUCCGGCGCGGAGACAUUGUACUGAUUGCGAACAAGCGCUGGCAAGAUACAGUCCAAGCGCGCCCGAACGAUCUCGACUGGCUUGGCGAAAUCGUGGAUACGCAUCUUGACGGCACGCUCAGGAUACGGCUUGGCGCUGCAGACGAAGUUCAAGACGUCUGUCUGCGUCGAGAAGAUGUCGUGGUGGCGAUACGGUCUGACGACACAGAUGUGGAUAGCUGGGACGAUGAUCUUGAGGAUGACGAUGACGACGAUGACGAAGAUGAUGAAGAUGAUGAGGAAGAGCAGGGUGACGAGGAGCCUGGGGCCGUCUACGAAGAUGAGGAUGGUACGUUGCUCGACGCGGAGGAGGUCCAAGGUGGGGAUUGGGAGUCGGCUGUAGAAGACGAAGAUGAGGACGAGACUAUGCCCGAUGCUCCGCCUCAGCAGACACCGCCUACAUCUACCUCACCAACGCCGCCCGACAACCACAACGCCCGCGGUGAGAAGGAUGAGCCAUCCAGCGGCAAAUCUACGGAGCCGCCACCAUACGAAAUCCUUGACGAAGCACCACCGAGCAGUCAUCAUUACGCUUCUGAGCCCACCACGAACAACGCAACGCAUAUGAAGCGCGUGCAAAAGGAACACCGCAUCCUCCAAACGCCGUCCACAAUUCCGCAAGGCGUGUUCAUUCGAACCUGGGAGUCGCGCCUUGACCUCCUUCGUGUCCUCUUCAUCGGACCUACAGAUACACCUUACGCUGACGCCCCUUUCAUGGUCGACUUCUACCUUUCCGACAAGUUCUCUAACAAGCCUCCGGAGGCUUACUUCCACUCGUGGCCUGGCGACAGUGCGCUCGGUGGUAUUGGACAAGGCCGUGUUAACCCCAACCUGUACGAGGAUGGCAAGAUAUGCCUCAGCCUACUUGGCACGUGGGACGGAGAGAAGGGCGAAAGCUGGAAUGCAAACGGAAGCACAUUACUGCAAGUCGUUGUGAGCAUACUAGGCCUCGUGCUAGUGAGAGAGCCCUACUUCAACGAAGCUGGAUACGAACCGCUGCAGGGCUUGGAGAGCAGUCAACGGCCAUCAGCAUUGUACAACGAGAGGACGUUCCUGAGAAGUCGAACAUUUGUCGUCAGUGCUUUGAGAAAGCUCGAAGACAAUGGCACCGGCCUAGAGGGUGUGGCUGAUGUAGUAGCGUGGAAUUACAAGGCGGCUGAAGGCCCGCGAUUGAUCGACAGAGUAGUGAGCGCCACGGAGGACAUUCUCAAGAAGAGUGAAAGUGCCGAUGCGGAAUUAGACGGCAUGACAAUCAUGUCGAAAGGAGCAUGCAUACCAUUGCGCCGGGUGCUAGAGCGGCUGCGGAACCUUCAAUAG